AUGUCCUCCACUCCUCCAUCACCGCAAGCGUUGAAUCCGACCCUCCAAGGCGAACCAAGCACAAUCACCCAGCAGGCAUCAACUCAAAUUCGGGCGACAUGUACUCACAGCCGCGACGGAAGGAUCAUAGUGCUCUGCGCAGAUGGCACGGCAAAUAAAUUCGGAGAGAAGAGCACAAACGUCGUCGAAUUCCUCAGCCGCAUCGUCAAGAACAAGAAGCAAAGUACAUUUUACAUCAGUGGUAUUGGCACGCACAAUCCGUCACCCGUAGGCCGCAUACUUGACAUGGCCUUUGCGAAUUCAUUUGAAACGAAUAUUCUGAUAGCAUACAAGUGGCUGGCAGAGAAUUACGAGGAAGGGGACCGGAUAUUCAUGUUUGGCUUCUCUCGUGGGGCAUACCAAGUACGGGUCAUAGCGGGAAUGAUUGAGCAGGUCGGGCUUAUCUACCCGGGGAAUACUACUCAACUUCCGGAUGUGUACAAGCUAUACAUGUCGACCACGGACAGAUCAAGUGGAAAGGGGAGCAAAGAGCGUACAGAGGCGAUCGAACUGUGUGAGACAUUCAAAUCCGCCUUCUCAUGGCCGAACGUCAAAGUCCAUUUUGUGGGCGUGUGGGAUACCGUCGCCUCUGUUGGGAUUACAAUGAGGGAUAGCUUGCCAGAGACCAUACAUGGAAUGACUCAUGUAUGCCAUUUCCGCCACGCCCUUGCGCUUGACGAGAAAAGGGUCAAAUUCCUGCCCGAAUAUGCGAGUGGUUCAAAGUUCUCCAACGCGAAUGAUUCCAGAACUUCUGGUGACGUCAAAGAGGUUUGGUUUGCGGGCAGCCAUUCGGAUAUCGGCGGCGGUAAUGUCAUCAAUCGAAAGUUGAAAACAUUUGGUCCUGCCCUUCGGUGGAUGACAUACGAAGCCAUGAGCCACGGGCUUCAGAUGCAUCCAUAUAGCGGUAAAUGGGUGGCCCCAAAUCCAACCCGGUCGCUCAAAGCAGCAUGGCCUGUGGUUGAGUUGCUGCCCUUGCAUCAUCCAUCGUACCGAAACGGUGAGGUUACACGGAUACCCCACCUUGGUAUGCCUCGUCGCAUCCAAGAGAACCAGCGAAUCCACGAGUCUGUUUUCAUGCUCAUGGGAAUCCACAAAGAAGUAGUAGCCCUACUUGACAAAAAAGGUGUUGAGGAAGAAUCUCAUCACACCAGCACGUCCGGGACAACCUCCUCCACUCCAAGAACGAGUUUCAUCCAUGGUCUCAUCUGGCUAGUUAUGGCAAUUCUGGCGGGGCUUUGGACAAUACUCUGUUCACCUGGCGGCGGUGCACCACUGUACCUUCGUCCUGGAUCAGGUUCUCUCAAUAGGAACUCAGAAGGCCAGCAAUUCAUGAUGAUUAUAGCUGAAAUCUGGAACUCAGCCUCCACCACAAUGCUCCAUUAUCUCUAUGAUAUCAGUCGUUGCAUUGUCCCACUCAGAGGUGACCCUCAGACUCAAAUGCCUAUCAAUCGCAAAACACCAUAUGUACCAUAUGGAGCACUUGCUAAAGGCGGCUCUUGGGACAAUUACGCGCUUCUUGCAAAACUGAUUGAGCAUGAUCCAUUCACAGAUCUCGAGUCAAUUAUUUCAAGGAUUGAUGAUGCAACAGUGACAGAGGACCUAGAACGAUUUCAGUCGGAAGUGGAUGUACUUGCAACAAGCAUUUCCUCAGGUAGCAAUGAAACACUUGGGCAGCUUACCGAGGUUUUCGGUGCAUUGCCGAAGUUGUUAUCAGCGCUCAAAUUCAUGGCGGCUCCACGUUCAGAAGAUGUUCGCAACUCUGUCAUUCUCACCCUUUUCUCGGCAUUGGCUUCGUUGCCUCCGGAUUCAGCCCACAAGGUUCCAUUAUCCACAUUCCGCAACAUUGCCUACAAACUCAACGAAAUCUCCAAGUCUGAAAUUCACUCAAAACUACUCGCAGCUCUUCGUCAUGCUGAUCUGCUCCUAGCCCAGUAUGAUCUACACAAAGGCAACACUGUCAAGGCUGUUGCAAUACCAGCUACUGACAAAGUCCUAUCUGCAUCGUACCGGGCAGUGAUAGUUCAGACCAAUGGUACUGAGAGAUCCAUUGACAUGGAGGAUGAAUUUCUUGUCGCAUUCCAAGCCAAUGGAUCAAAGUUCGCAACAGGAGACAAACAUGGCAAUGUCACAAUAUGGGAUGUCGAAUCAGGGAAGAAGCUACAGACUUUGGAAGGUCCCUCUGGCACUAUUUCCUCUUUGGCUUUCUCACCAGAUGGCAGCAAGAUUGCAGUGGGAUCAGAAGAUGGUACAAUUCGAGUAUGGGAUAUGGAGACGGGACAAGAUCUGUUUGGUGCGAUGGAAGGACACACCCACCGGGUCUUGGGAUUGGCUUUCUCCCCUGAUGGAACUCGCCUAGCAUCUGGGUCCAUCUACAGUACUGUUCGGCUGUGGGAUGAAGCGGGGAAGUCCAACGUGCUUGAAGGGCACAAUGGUCUAGUAUUGUCUGUUGCAUUUUCAAAAGACCACAUCAUUUCUGGCUCAUGGGACAAGACAAUACGAGUAUGGAAUGCCGAUUCUGGUGAUUUGGUGAGAGUUCUACACGGGCACACUGAGUGGAUCUUUUGCAUGGCCUUCUCACCGGACUUCAAACAUGUCGCCUCGGGCUCCGACAAUGGUACUGCGCGUCUGUGGGAUGUAUCUUCUGGGGAAGUAUUGGCCAUCUAUGAUAUUGGAGAUUGGGUGAAGUCUAUUGCUUUUUCUUUUGAUGGGAAGCAGAUUGUGACAGGUUCAUGGCGGGGCAAAGUAGUGUAG